GCAGUUGGGUUUGCUAAGCUUAUGCAUGGUAGUGUUAAGGAAAUAGCUAUUGUGCUCACUCACGAAGCAAUGAUCAUAUAACAUCUAUGUUGCUCUGCAUAUUUGCUACCCACCAGUUUGUCUCGUUAAUGCUAGCUAAGAUAUUUCUGUGCCAUGCCUGUUUUAGAAAACAAAAAGUUGACCAUAUAGCUUCGUAUGGAAAUAGACCAUGCUCUUGAUACCGCAGGUAAUAUCCUACAUAUGCAUCAGCGCAAAAAAAAUCCUACAUAUGCAUGGCUGAUAUAUUCUAUAAGUCGGUUCCCAUCGAGGAUAUUUUUUUCAUGGUCGAAUUAAUUACGUUUUAGACAGAUGCAUAUAAAUUGUUCCCUUUUCUAUUGUGUUUUUUUAUAACUCGUUCCCUUUUCUAUUGUAUAUAAUAUAGAGAACCAUGGAUAUACUUUGUGUGUCUUGAGUAGUUGUUUCUACAUUUAAUGCUCUCAGAAAAGAUAAUGCACUAUUAUGACACUUCCGUGUCUUUUUAUGUGGGUGAAAACGUAUCCAAGCACCCUCUUACUCUUUAAGAGAAGCAUCUUAUUUCCUUCCUAAAUCAAGAAAGGCUUUUGCAUCAAUACGAGCUAAAUUACUAUGUUCUUGACAGGCAGAACACCUUUGUUUUUUGCAAUAGUUUGUUAUCAUGCGGGUACUGCCAAAUAUCUUCUUCAUCAUGGUGCCAAUCCAAACAUAUUCAACAUCAAUGGGCUCUCCCCUUUACACAAAGCCGCAGUAUCAGGAACUUGUGAAUCUGUUAAACAACUGAUUGCUAAAGGAGCCUAUAUCGACCCGGUAGCUUACAUCGACCAGGUAGAUUUUUGUGGGACACCACUUCAUUGCGCUGCUACUAAAGGGCAUGAUGACAUUAUGAAGAUUUUAUUGGACCAUAAUGCAGAUUGCAACAAAUUGGUAAAUGGCAAGACACCUCUAAUUGCAGCUAUAGAUGCCACCUCAAGGAACUGUAUGGUUCUCCUGAUUGAGGUAUUGUACCCUCGUCUUAGCCUUGUCAAGUUCUUCAAUUUUGAUGAGUCCAGUUUCUAUGCUGGUGCUGAUCGCAUGGGAGCUUUAACCUAUGCUAUGGAAAAUCUCCAUUCUGAAAAACUUGUUUCAACUGACUUCGUCAAUUACAUUAUGGAGGAUGUUGCUGCCAACCGUUUUGUUCCUGAUGAUGAUGAGCCUGAGUCUAGAAGUAAAACUAAAGCGGAAGGCUUUAAGAAACUUGCGGACUGUAGUUUCAAGCAGGAGGAUUAUCUUAGUGCAGCAAAAUCCUACACUGUGGCAAUAAGGUUUAAUCCCAAAAUUGCAACAUUGUACUCAAACAGGAGCCUUUGUUGGCUUCGCAUGGGCGAGAGCGACAAGGCUCCGUUGGAUGCUUACAAAUGCAGAAAAUUGCGGUCUGACUGGCCAAAAGCCUAUUACCGGCAGGGUGCAGCUCUGAUGUUGCUCAAGGAUUACAAGGGUGCACGCGAACAUUUCUCGGAUGGACUCAAGUUGGACCCGGCCAACACUGAGAUGGAGCACGCAUUACGGUAUCCCAUCUUCCUAACUGUUUUUUUCAUUUGGGCAGAACCUUCAUUGUUUACAUUAUGCAUUUUUAAGAUUUCCUUUCGUUAUUGGUGGUUAACUUGACGUGUACUGAACUCCAUGUUUCAGCCCAUCUUAUUGUUAGUUACAUAGUGUUAUUCAUUUUUUUACUAUGCCAUAGAUAAAAACCUGUCUUUACCUUCAGAAAUUGGGGAUGUGUUAAUUAAGCUCUGUUCUAUUUUCAGUUCCUGUAUAUGACCUUAGAUUAUUGCUUUUUUGCUGUUUUUAUCAAAAGAAAUAUGCCUGGCCUUUUCUUGUCCACAUUUUUUAUUGUGCAUUUGCUCCAAAAGUGUUACUAGUUACAGAUGCCAUUGGGCGUCCAUGUCUGAUGAUUCUCAUUGCAAUACGCAGGAAAGCUUAUGAUGCCAUGAAAGAUGUCUCGGAGCCCCAAGGUUGAGCAACUGUCUGAGUGUUACAGGGAAGAUUUCUGGAUCUGGUCUCUAGUCGGGUUGUCAUUGAGAUUUUCACCUUUUGAGCUGCCUGUCAUUGAGCGUCUCGCCUUUUGCUUAAAGACUUUCAAUUCUUGAACUAAGUAAUCUGUUGAAUUCCUGAACCAAGUAGUCUGUUGGGAUAUCAAGUAAUCUGAUGGGAAUCAAGUAAUUCUGUCAUGCUUGCA